AUGGGAAAAGAUUACUACAAGAUUCUGGAAUUGUCGAAGGGAGCCUCCGAAGAUGAAAUUAAGAAGGCCUACCGCAAGCUGGCGCUGAAAUACCACCCCGACAAGAACAAGGAGAAGAGCGCAGAGGCAAAAUUCAAGGAAAUCGCGGAAGCAUACGACGUCCUUUCUGACCCGAAGAAGAAGGAAGUUUACGACAAGUUUGGCGAGGAAGGACUGAAGGGUGGUGCCGGCGAAGGGGCAGGGCCCGCCGGCCCCGGUACACACUACGAAUUCCAUGGUGAUCCAAUGGACAUGUUCUCGCAGUUCUUCGGCGGCAGCGAUCCAUUUGGCCUUUUCGGACAGAUGGGUGGCGGCGGUGGUGGUGGUGGAGCCCACUUCCAGUCGUUCCAUGGAGGUAUGGACCCCAUGGGCGGUGGUGGUUUUGGAGCAGCUCCUCGACGUGCGCGCCAAGACCCAACCGUUGUUCAUGACCUGCCCGUCGCUUUGGAGGAUAUCGCGAAGGGAUGUGUGAAAAAGAUGAAGAUCACCAGGAAAGUGAUGAGCGGUGACGGACAGACGUCCCGGGUGGAAGACAAGGUUCUGACAAUCAACGUGAAGCCCGGAUGGAAGAGUGGCACGAAGAUCACCUUCCCGAAAGAAGGCGACCAACUUCCCGGACGUGUGCCUGCUGACAUUGUUUUUGUCAUCAAGGAUAAAGUACACCCGAAAUUCAAGCGAGAGGGUGCGGAUCUUCGAUACGUCCAUAAACUUCCAUUGAAAGACGCACUGUGUGGCACUACAAUUCAGGUACCGACGCUUGAGGGAUCGACCAUUCCAUUGGCCUUGAGGGACAUCGUCAAGCCGAACACGACCCGACGGCAAGUGUUGCAUUCGCGAAUCAAUUUUCUUUUUAGAAUUACUUCCCAAGGCCUGCCGAACCCCAAGACAAACGUCCGGGGCGAUAUCAUCGUGGAGCUGGUUGUCGAGUUCCCCCGCGAAUUGACUGCUACUCAAAAAGACAUGUUGCGGGAUAUCCUUCCUGCUAAU